UUGCCUCUUUCAAACGCCGACGCGGACCGAGCGGUUUCCCAAGCGAGGGAAAGAAAGAGACGCCACGUCGUUUCAAAAAUCAUGGCAUGCAGAGCCAACGGUCGCCUAAGUAGCAGCUCGCAGUGGCAGCGGCGGCCAUCAAGUGUCACACACUGACACACCGCACAAGGCGUCAAAAGGACCUGCCUCCCUCGAGUUCUUGACCCCUCUUUUGUCCGCCGCGAGCACCUCUGUUUAUAAGUAAGCAACAGCCGCGUCGGCGAGGGGAUCGACCAGCGGCAGCCAGCCCUGUAGCUUCGCGUGCGCUGCAGAGUGUGGCGAUCGAUGGCGACCGUGCCGUGGGCGACGGUUAGGAGGUCGCUGCAGGAGGGCACGUCGUACGCGCAGCAGGCCCAGCAGCAAGCGGCCGCGCGGUCCGCGUCCACUGGGAGGUCGGUGGAGACGCUGGUGGUGAUCGUGGCCGCGAUCGUGCUCGCCGCGGUGCUGGCGGGCGUCCUAGCGCGGGUGUGCGGCGGCCGGCACGUGGCGCCGAGCCGGGACGACUGUGACGACGAGGGGUGGGUCGAGAGGCGCUGCCGGAGCUGCCUCGACAGCGGGCUGCCACAGCCGGCGCCGCCGCAGGGAUCGUCAAAGACGAGUGAGCCCAAAUAGUGCUUGUUCGUGUAGUGGUAGGGUCUAGCACAGUACCAGCAUCAGCAUAGUGUAGUAGCAACAUAGAGUUGGAAACUUUGUUCACGAGAGUACGAGAUUAGGAUCUCCGGAUUCAUCCUCACUGUAAGAUUUUUGGUACUGAUAAAUUAGUAAUAGUAGGUAAAUUA